CUAGCUUCACGCUGCUCAGUCUGGGAAUUCACACACACAACCAACGUUACUUUGGAGAGGAAUGCAGCACUCGUAGCUAACCAUACUUGGAUCUCAGGACAUCAUCAUUCCAGUCAGCACACCAUGGCUGGCUUCAGACAAGAGGAUGUGGAGUUGUAUUAUGAGAUGGGAGAGGAGCUGGGCAGUGGACAGUUUGCCAUCGUUCGUAAGUGCAAGGAGAAGAGCACAGCUAUCGAGUACGCGGCCAAGUUCAUCAAGAAGCGGCGGCUGUCCUCCAGCCGGCGGGGGGUGAGCCGCGAGGAGAUUGAGCGCGAGGUCAACAUCCUUCGGGAGAUCCAACACAGCAACAUCAUCACCCUGCAUGACAUCUUCGAAAACAAGACCGACGUAAUCCUGAUACUGGAGCUGGUGUCCGGAGGAGAGCUGUUUGACUUCCUGGCUGAGAAGGAGUCUCUGACGGAGGAGGAGGCCACCCAGUUUCUAAAGCAGAUCCUGGACGGCGUUCAUUAUUUACACUCCAAACGCAUCGCUCACUUUGACCUCAAGCCUGAGAAUAUCAUGCUGCUGGACAAGAACGUCCCCAACCCCAGGAUCAAGCUGAUUGAUUUUGGGAUUGCUCAUCAGAUUAAAGCAGGAAACGAGUUCAAGAACAUUUUUGGAACACCAGAGUUUGUGGCUCCAGAAAUAGUCAACUAUGAGCCACUUGGACUGGAGGCGGAUAUGUGGAGCAUCGGAGUAAUUACAUACAUCCUGUUGAGUGGCGCUUCACCAUUUCUGGGUGAGACCAAGCAGGAGACCUUGACAAACAUCUCAGCCGUCAACUACGACUUUGACGAGGAGUAUUUCAGCAACACCAGUGAGCUUGCCAAGGACUUCAUACGCCGCCUGCUGGUCAAGGAUCCCAAGAAGAGAAUGACGAUUGAUGACAGUCUUGAACACCCCUGGAUUAAGGUGAUUAAGAGGCGAAAUGUCCGCCAGGAGGAGAGAGACCAUAAGACUGAGCGCCGUCGUCUCAAGACCACUCGUCUGAAGGAGUACACCAUCAAAUCCCACUCCAGCAUGCCACCCAACAACACUUAUGUCAACUUCGAGCGCUUCUCCCAGGUCCUCGAGGAGAUCGCGGCAGCAGAGGAGGGCCUGAGGGAACUAGAGCGCAAUCAGCGCUCGUGCCGGGAGGACGUGGCGGCGCUGCUGUCCAUAUACGAGGAGAAGGAGGGCUGGUACAAGGAGGAGAACCAGAGCAUCUCCAGCGACCUGAGCCACAUCCGCCAGGAGCUGCAGCGCACUCAAACACAGCGCAAGAAGAGCCAGGAGGAGGCCCGGCUCACCAUGCAGGCCGCCAACAUCCUCAAGCGCAAGUACGGGCGCCUGGAAAACCGCUACGAGGUCCUGGCUGAGCAGGUGGCCUCUGAGGUCCGCUGGGUGGAGGAGCUGGUGAAGUCCAUGUCUGCAGAGAAGGACGGCCUCAGCAGCAUGCCCUGAGCCGGGCGGACGUCCAGCAAUGACACUUUGAUCCUCAAGUAUCUUCCUGCCCGUCUUCUCUGCACGUGUCCCACACACACAGUGGAGUUUGAGUGGGUCAGUUGUCAUCAUAAGCUAUGCUGCUGCUCACAUCGGGAAAAACGCUCCACUCUUUUUACAUCAUGCUUGAGACAACCAGCGAGAAGCAGAGAGGCAGUUUGUUGAACCCAUUCCCCCACGGAAAGGCUCAUUCCUGUGUUUCAGAAGUUAAUUUAUAAUUUUAGAGAUUUUUGUACUGUUAUUUGACAAAAUUAUUUACAACUGUAUUGGCUUUUUUUAUGUUGCAACUUUUCUUAGCCCUGUAGAAACAUAACAUCUGAAUGUCCUUGUGCUGUAAAAGCCAUAGACGUCUGUUCAGUUGCGUUUGCCUUAGGUUGGCCAGUUAUGUGAGAAAGCUUCACAAUAUACAACUUAUAUCUUUGGGGGUAUUUAUUUAUCUGGUUAAGUUUCAGAUUUGAUUGCAGCUGACAUAAAAUUCUCUCAUAUGUUGGGACAGAGUGUCGAAUAUAAAGGAUGCAAUAACCGUAAACGUUCAGGAUAGAAAAAAAGAAAAAUUCUGGGUAAUGCUUUAUUUUACCGAUCUGUGAUUUUGUAAAGAUUUUUGAAUUUCUUGAAAGGUUUCCAGGAAAAAGAAGGCCCUGUUGCUGAAAUUACUCCAUUUAGACCCCAGUAAAUGUUUAUUAAUCAUUCAGUCAUUAUUGGAAAUUUUAUUCUUUGUAUUUGACGAACUUCGAUGCAUUUUGGACAUCCAGUUCACCUGCUGUCCUCUUGACUAAAAGUCUUAAAGUUCCACAAGAUUACAAACUGAUCACUCACUAUUUUAGCUACAAUUUGUCCCUUUUUUAAGAUAUUAUUUUAGGUCUUUUUGCCUUUAUUUGAUAGGACAGAUAAAGCGUGAAACAGGGCGAGAUGAUAUGCAUCCAAGGGCCAUAGGUUGUACAUGGGGCACCUGCUCUACCAGGUGAGCUAGCGGGCACCGCAGUUAGUUCCAAAUUCCAAGUUUAUUUCCAGGAAACCUCCCAGAAAAUCAGUCGGAAAUGAAUCUGAAUUCACAGACCCGUUAUAAAAAGCAUUACCAGAUUCUGAAUGUACAAACUUGUCUUUGCAGUGCCUGUAAACCGAUCGACCGUAUUGCCUCUGCGAGCUCUCAUCUGUCAUCGAGUUAAUGACAUUUCUAUCACAUUGAUAUUGCUCAUCGUCUUAAACGCAACAACCUUUGCACAGUAGCCUUGUAAACCAAAUAGUGUGCAUGGAAACGUUUUAUCUAUACCGCAGCUGUCGUUAGUGUUUCUGUUUUCAUUGUGAGCGUCUCUGCACACUCGGAACAUUCCACUGAUAAGUUUCCCAUCCAGGCGACACAUUCCCCAUGUAUAGCAUAGAAAGUGUGUGACAGUCUGUAGUAUUUUUUCAGUAGAGAAAUGUACUCGUUUGCACUUAAAUGAUUAUAGCAGUGUUCCAAAAUCUAUUUUAAUCUGUCUCUAAAGUGUAAGAAAGAGCUGAACUGUCAGGGCUCGUUUCAAAUAAA